UUCACUACCUACCCCGUUGCCGUCGCUACGUCACGUCGGGCAGCCACGAUUCAUUGGAAGGACGCUAAUCCUUGCCGUGCCAGUGCCACAGAGCCUACCCACUUCCCUUCUGGACGCUUGCAAUCUUCAACAACACCGCUCUCCCGCCCGCUGCAUCCCACGCUCUCCCUCCACAUCCGCUCACCACCAAACCCACUCCUUCGACCAUGGCUCUCAAGCGCAUUAACAAGGAACUGACUGACCUCGGUCGUGACCCUCCCUCGUCCUGCUCUGCUGGUCCCAUCGGCGAUGACCUGUUCCACUGGCAAGCCACCAUCAUGGGCCCCGGUGACUCUCCUUACUCCGGCGGUGUUUUCUUCCUCGCCAUUCACUUCCCCACCGACUACCCGUUCAAGCCGCCCAAGGUCAACUUCACCACGCGCAUCUAUCACCCCAACAUCAACUCCAACGGCAGUAUCUGCCUUGAUAUCCUCAGAGACCAGUGGAGCCCCGCCUUGACCAUCUCCAAGGUCCUGCUCUCCAUCUGCUCGAUGCUUACCGACCCCAACCCCGAUGACCCGCUCGUCCCUGAGAUCGCACACGUCUACAAGACGGAUCGUGCCAGGUACGAGGCGACGGCCCGCGAGUGGACCAGGAAGUAUGCCAUCUAGUGGACAUAUGCAUGCUUACGGUGUCCUUGGUUUUUCUUCAGUCAUGGCUUGCUUGCUUGGGAGGUCAGGUUGACAUGGCAUGGUCAAGAAGGUUCGCCACUCCAUCAUGACGGCCCUGGUAGUGGCGGUACAGGAGUGUUUUUU